CAGGUCUUCUCCGCUGUAGGAGAAGCCUUAGCUAGGUCUUAGAUAUUUGGUCCUCAAGUCGCAGCUUCUUGGAAACACCCAAUCCCAAGUCAACGUCGCUCAUCUCCCCUCAAGCCGUUGCUCUCUGGUGCUUCUUAGCUUCGUGUCUAUUGGCACUAAUAUUUCCGCAGACUUCGCCCCGACGCCCGUCCAUUUAGCGCCGGGAGUAUCCUCAGAUCGACGUGAAGCCUCUGUCGGGAAGAUCUUGAACUCUUUAGCCAUCCCGAAUUCAUGAUGCCCCGGACACGGCAUCACUUCUUCUAUUUAUCUGGAAGCAGACGUGCUCACCAAUAUCCUUUUGGCUCGUGUCUGCGUAAGCUUGCGCCCAGUCAACUCCCUUCCUUCCAGCACUGCUGAAAAGGAGUGGUCAUCUCGCACCAAGACACCAUUGGCAUGGAACCUACCAAAACAUCAGCUAGGUGGCGUCUAUAAACACCGCUGCAUGUCUUUAGUUGCAGACGCAUUCUCAGGUUGAUGUUGUGUGAAGGGUCAGGCUCGUAUUGGUCUGUGGUGUUCUCAGACCUCGUUGCCAACUUGAAGGAGGGGGCACUGCUGGGUACAGGGGCUUUGCAAUCAAUUUGCGACAGGCUCUCGCUCAUUGAAACUCGGUCGCUGAAAUCCUUAUAUGUGCCGGGAUUUUGGAGCUGCUGGGUCUGAUGCCAGAGUACCAAUACAGUCAUCGUGCUCACCUGGCGACAUCCACAAAAAUUUGAACGUCAAGAGAUCGGCAAAUGGAUACCUGCAGCGCUUACGGCGAUAGACAUUUGCCAAGCGAGGUUUCUUGUGAUAAUCUCGCGUGUGUGCGAAUCUGCAGAGCUGUCAGAGCACAGAGGGAAGCGCACAGACAUACGACAUCAACUUCUCUGAAUAAGGAGGGUAUUAUACCCGAGUUGAGAACUGACCUGGCUCACAUAACGCACACUGAGUGGUUUUGCGUUCUGGCUGAACCUUGUUUUCCGACCCCUUUGCCGCAUUGGGACUACCUUGCGGACUGAUCAACAACUUUGCUUACCCACAAAUUGGUCGAUGCCAGGUUCAGCUGGGAUGUUAAUGGGUUUGUGUUAUAAUUUUUUGGACUUUGCAGUUGGAGCGUCAAGGCCCCUAGGACACACCCAGUCGAGCCCCGCCUUUGAGAUUCCCAAAAUCGAACAGGAAUAUGAAAAUCUGACUGAUGAUCUGCGCCUUGUCCGAUUCUCAGGGCCAUUUGUUCCUCAAUUGGGUCAGGAUAUAUACCGACAAAACCCGUUGGCCUUUUGUAGGCGACUUAAUCUUUGCUUUUUUUUUUCUUCUUCGCCAAAUGUGGCCGACCCGCCCUGGACGUCAAUGAGCAAAUAGAUAUCAGUACAUGCACAUAUCAAUCAGUGGAGAGAAGGGGUAACAUCAACGAGCUGAGACGCACGUACUGUAUUUGUAACGCGCCAAUUCGACUUCUCGGGUACGACUAUGAUUAAUGGUACUUCAGGAACCAUCGACAACUCACAGGUGGCAGCUCUAAUUAUUUCCAAGGGUAAAAAAAUAGGAUGUCUAUGGUUGCCCUGGAAGCUUUGCUUCAAAUUGUCAUAUUGCCCCUUAUCUGUAAAUUAUUGGCUGACCAGAUAUGCUUCUAUCAUCCUUAUAGAGCCUACUGAAUCAGAGUUUGCUCUUUAUGUCUACUGGGACUGAUGCAGGAGAAUGGUUAUCGCUCACGUCAACAUCAAUGCCCCGUGCUCAUGCACCGCAACUCAUGGGCCAUCAAGUCUAUGGCAUCGGGGCCCCGGCUUUCUUGCCCUGGUGCCCCGGUCCCGGCAUUCGUAUCCUGACAGGGGUGACGGCCUCGUACUGUAAGCCUCACAAGCAAGAGUGCUUGUUGUGCUGUUGGCUAGGUUCCUCCGCAAACCGCCAUCACCGAACGCAGCUCAGUGGAGGUUGGAGCCACUAUACUCUAUGGCCCAGCGUACGACCUAAACUUCAUAGGAUCUUAG